CUCAAUCUCCAAGGAGCCGAAACCAGGCGGAAAAAAAAAAGUGAGGCGAAACCAGAGGCGGAAAUAAGGAGGCACCCAUUCCAGUCCGUAGAACACAAUACACACGCACACGGGCGCGAGAACAGUUUGAGGUCGUCUUGGCUCGCCAUUAAUGGCCGCUUGUUUCCUCGUACUGCUGCUCCUCCUAGUCUUCUUGGCUUCCCCUGCUUCCUCCACCACCACCACCACUUCACUCGCCACCAAUGGCUCCCCUGCUGCAGGAAGCAACAACGCCACGACGUUCAGCUUCGCGGGGUUCCACCCGGACCUCCGGAACGUGAACCUGACGGUGGCCGGCGACGCGAGCAUCACCAAGGACGCGCUGCAGAUCACCCCGGACUCCCUCAACGACGCCGCCGACUUCCUCGUCAACAAGUCCGGCCGCGUCCUCUUCUCCCGCCCCUUCCGCCUCUGGCGCCCCCUCAACGCCACCACCACCAACAAUGGCACCACCACCGCCGCCAAGAACAAGAAGCAACUCGCGUCCUUCACCACCGUCUUCACCGUGAACGUCUUCACGGACCCGAACACGGACCCGGCGGAAGGGAUCGCGUUCCUCAUCGCGCCGUCAAGCUCCGACCCGCCCACGGGCAGCCACGGCGGGUUCCUCGGCCUCACCACGGCCGCCACGGACGGCAACGCCACGAACGGCAUCGUCGCCGUGGAGCUCGACACCGAGAAGCAGCCGCACGACCCGGACGACAACCACGUCGGGCUCAACGUCAACAGCGUGGUGUCCGUGCUCACGGCCUCGCUCACCCCGCACGGCAUCGAGAUCUCGCCGCCCAGCCGGGCCGCCAAGUACAACGUCUGGGUCGACUACGACGGCAACGCCCGCCGCAUCGCCGUGUACAUGGCCGACAUCGAGAAGCAGCCGCUGCAGAAGCCGUCGAAGCCCGUGCUCGCCGCGCCGCUGGAUCUCGGGGAGGUCGUGGCUGAGAGGUCUUACUUCGGGUUCUCGGCUUCCACGGGGACCAAGUACCAGCUCAACUGUGUCCUCGCCUGGAACAUGACUGUCGAGAAGCUCGACGAAGAUGAAGACGACGAUGCCAACGUCACCGAGCCCAGCAAGAAGAAGAGCCUCGCGCUAGGACUGGCCGUGGGGGUAUCAGUGGGGGUUCUCGCGCUAUUCGCCGGGGCCGCCGCAUUGGGCUACUACUAUAUGUGCGUUGUGAAGAGGCAGAAGACGGAAUUAGUGCAAGGGGGAGACGGGGGAAGCGGGAUCACGGGGACGAUGAUUCGGAGCAUGGCGGGCGGGCCGAGGGAGUUCGAGUACAGGGAGCUGAGGAAGGCGACUAACAACUUUGACGAGCGGAUGAAGCUCGGGCAAGGAGGGUACGGGGUGGUGUACCGGGGCGUGGUGGCAGAGGACCCCCUGGCCAACCCCGGCAAUGGCGGCGGCGCGGGGAGCACGGUGGAGGUAGCCGUGAAGAAGUUCUCGCGGGCCAGCACGCAGGGGCAGAACGACUUCCUUGCUGAACUCAGCAUCAUCAACCGCCUCCGCCACAGGAACCUCGUGCGCCUCGUCGGGUGGAGCCACGACAACGGCGAGCUUCUACUAGUAUACGAGUACAUGCCCAACGGCAGCCUGGACCAGCACCUCUUCAGCCUGCCCUCACCAUCCCCAGGGGGCCGGCAGCCACUAGGAUGGGAGCUCCGUUACACCAUCAUCCAGGGGGUCGCCUCAGCGCUACACUACCUCCACGACCAGUACGACCAGCGCGUCGUCCACCGUGACCUGAAGGCCUCCAACAUCAUGCUGGACGCCGCCUUCACGGCCCGGCUCGGCGACUUCGGCCUCGCCCGCGCCAUCGACACCGACAAGACCUCCUACACGGAGGAAGUGGCCGGCGGCGUGCACGGCACCGUGGGCUACAUCGCGCCCGAGUGCUUCCACACAGAGAAGGCCACCCGCGAGUCCGACGUCUACGCCUUCGGCGCCGUCAUCCUCGAGGUCGUUUGCGGCCGCCGGCCCCGGUGUGACGUUGAAGGGUUCCAUUUCUUGGUUGAUUGGGUGUGGAGGUUGCAUCGUGAUGGCAGAGCGAUUGAGGCCGUGGAUCCAAGGCUUGAGGGGGAGUUUGAUGAGGAUGAUGCUGAGAGGCUGCUGAUGCUGGGUUUGGCGUGUAGUCAUCCAACCCCUUCUGAGCGGCCCAAAGCGCAGGCGAUUUUGCAGAUUUUGCUGCGCGCUAUGUUGCCGCCCCAGGUGCCUCCAUUCAAGCCUUCGUUCGUGUGGCCGGCUACGACCAGUAUGGGGUUUGAUACGAUGUCCACGACGGCAGAGACGACAUCUAGCCAGGUCAGCACGGUGGUGACGUCGACGUCCACGUGGAGUGGCAACUUGGCCAGGGCUCCGGAGUAGGACAAAUGCCUCGGGUUCCUUUGUCAGACACGCGCGUCAGAAUGGCAUUGCUUGGAACUGCGCGUGGAGUCUAAUUGUGUAGUAAAUCCGAGUCUCCAUGAUGGCAUGAAGACCAACAAGGAGUGAAAAAAGAAAAACAGAGAUGUAAGAAUAACAUAGUGCAUUUUUUGUUCGUGUGGAAUCAAUUUUCCUCUUGUGAUUUUGUUUUAUCCUUUU